AAAAUGGUGAAUUAACAGUGCGAUUUUCGCAAAAAACUUUAUAUAUGUGAAUUUCUCUAUAUUGUUCGCAAAAUCAUUCAGCUAUUUCAGACGUGCUAUAGUACAUUGAAGGCGAGUGUAGUGUAUAUAUCACAGCCUGAAUCGUAUAAGGCUUCUUCAUGCAGGAAGAUUCACAACAGAGAUCUUUUUCUUCUCUCUGUCUAGACAAUGCUUGGUGGAACUGAAUGAAAUCUCACAAAAAAGAUGCACAGCACGGCCCGACCAAAACAGCAAAGGAGCGUAGAAGGUUCGCGAAAAGGUGAUUCACAAAAGAAAGCCUAUCACGCGUGGAAACAUCCAAAUAGAAGCAACCGGACAGAGCUCCAUUUCCAACUAAUGAGUUGGGAUUUGGGAAGCAUGCAGAGCAAUCCAGACUCGUCCAUCCAUGUUACUAUUCUCUACCACGGUACACUCGCGAGAUGCGUGCGCUCAGCCCAUUCUGCUUGUAUUUUCAGUACACUGUUUUUUCGUCAGAAGCACAAGAAGCGUCUCAAGUUUAUCCUUUUCACAGCCAUCUCUAUCGGUAUAAGUACCUGGGAAAGGUGGCAUCAUCGAUCAUCAGAUACCCUUCGUUUGGAAAGCCUAUAAACCGGUAAACCCUCCUGUGAAAGAAAGGCAUUGUGAGAGCCCAAAUCCUGGCUAGUUUCAUUGGUCCAAGUGCUGAGCUACUGAUACCAACAACCGCCAUCGGAGAGAAUGGGCGUGGACGACAUCAUCGCCGAGCUGCGCGUGCUGCCGGCCAAGAUCCUUCUCAAGAAGAAGCCCAAGCAGUUCCAGAAGGUGGAGGUGAAGGUUCGGAUGGACUGCGAAGGGUGCGAGAGGAAGGUCCGGAAAGCAGUGGAGGAGAUGAAGGGCGUGAGCAGCGUGGAGGUGGACGCGAAGCAGAACAAGGUGACGGUGACGGGUUACGUGGAGCAGGAGGAGGUGGUGGGGCGGCUGCGGCGUCGCGCCGGGAAGAAGGCGGAGCCGUGGCCGUACGUGCCGUACGACGUGGUGCCCCACCCCUACGCCCCCGGCGCGUACGACAAGAAGGCUCCCCCCGGCUACGUCCGCAACGCGCUCGCCGACCCGGACGCCGCGCCGCUCGCCCGCGCCACCGAGGAAGAGGAGAAGCUUGCCUCCGCCUUCAGCGACGAGAACCCCAACUCCUGCGCCGUCAUGUAGUAUAGCCAUUAUAGUUAGCUAGUCAUGCACCCAUGCGGCCAUGCCAUGUCUUAUUGUUUUUUUUUUUUAAGUGUGCUGCUUUGUUUUGAGCUUGUAGUCUCAAGUGUGUCUGUGUGCAGUCUGUUCGCCGCUACGCUUUGUACACUGAUUAUUAGUUGGGAGUUGUAGGAUGAGUCCCUCGUGGCUGUCAAAGUUUUGCCUAAAAUUUUUGUAUGAAACGUGUUUGAGUACGAUCGAGAUGAGCAAAUGUUUCUUUGGCUCA